AUGGUACCUGAUAAUGAAGACUACGCACAGCAGUUAUGCGGGAGAUCUGCCUACAGAUUCCUUGAGAUCUUUGUCACUCUCCCAGAAAAGGUUGGGUCCUAUGACAGUGUGAACAUCAUCAAGCCGGAAGACGCUGCUGUCCUGUUCAAAGCUGAGGGUCAUUAUCCCAAGAGACUCAGGGUGGAAGCGUGGACCUCCUACAGAGACUACAGGAACCGCAAAUAUGGCGUCCUGCUCAAAGACGGAGAGGACUGGAAAUCCAACAGGAUCGUUCUGAACAAGGAGGUGAUUUCUCCAAAGGUGCAGGGGAACUUUGUGCCUCUGCUGGAUGAGGUCGGUCAGGACUUUGUGGCGCGUGUCCAAAAGAAGAUAGAGAGGACUGGACAGAACGAAUGGACCACAGAUCUGUCCCAUGAGCUCUUCAAGUUUGCACUGGAAUCGGUGAGUCAUGUGCUGUACGGCAAGCGUUUGGGUCUGCUGUUGGACUACAUUGAUCCAGAAGCCCAGCACUUCAUCGACUGCAUCACCCUGAUGUUUAAGACCACCACUCCCAUGCUGUACCUCCCGCCGGCCCUGCUCCGCCACACCAGGGCCAAAGUCUGGAAAGACCAUGUGGAGGCCUGGGACGGCAUCUUUAACCAGGCCGACCGAUGUAUCCAGAGCAUCUACAGACAGUUGAGCAAAAAUCCAGACGCUGGUGAGAAGUACCCUGGUGUGCUGGCCAGCCUCCUAAUGCUGGACAAACUGUCCAUCGAGGACAUAAAGGCCAGCGUCACGGAGCUGAUGGCUGGCGGCGUGGACACGACGUCUGUCUCACUGUUGUGGACGCUCUAUGAAUUGGCACGACAUCCGGACCUGCAGGAGGAGAUCCGGGCCGAAAUCUCAGCCGCUCGUAUCGCCUCUAAAGGAGACGUGGUGCAGAUGCUCAAAAUGGUUCCUCUGAUUAAAGGAGCCUUGAAGGAAACUCUGAGAUUACAUCCUGUAGCAGUGAGUCUACAAAGAUACAUCACUGAAGACAUCGUCCUUCAAAAUUAUCACAUUCCAGCUGGGACCUUAGUUCAGCUGGGUCUCUACGCUAUGGGUCGUGAUCACCGGAUCUUCCCGCACCCGGAGCAGUACCGGCCCUCUCGCUGGGUCCGAUCCCAGAGCCACUACUUCAGGAACCUGAGCUUCGGCUUCGGCCCACGCCAGUGUCUGGGCCGCAGGAUUGCCGAGACCGAGAUGCAGCUCUUCCUUAUUCAUAUGCUGGAGAACUUCAGGUUUGAGAAGCAGAGGCAGGUGGAGGUCAGGAGCACGUUUGAGCUCAUCCUGCUGCCUGAGAAGCCCAUCAUGCUCACCAUCAAACCGCUGAAUGCCAGCAGAUAGCAGAGCUGCAAACAGGAAAUGAAUAAUACAAUAAAUGAAUGAAUAAAAAUUUCAAC